AUGUCACAGUACGGUACAGCAUACUGCCUAAAAUGUCAAAAACACUUCUGCUUUUGUCCAGAGUCCAUCAAUUAUCACAUACUUUCAGAAGAAGAAGAAGACAACUCUCUGAUUUGCUCCGAAUCAAUAGAAUCUACUCCAUCUCCGGAGGCACCUGCAUCAACGGCACCCGGACCAUCCACCACCACCACCACCACCACCAAAAACAUACAACAAAAACAAAGUUGCCAUUGCAAUAAAAGGGAAAAAGCGUCAGCCCUACCAAACCAACCAACAAAAAAACAUAACUAUACAGUCCUCCCGUAUGGUGGUGUACUAUCUUUGAGGGGGAGUUCACCCCAACCAAGGAUGGUUUUUACAGAGACAGUGCCUUUCGCACAAUAUGAGACGUUUGUAAGAUAA